AUGGAUGUUGGUGCAAUUACAGAGAUGUUUUCGGUUUUGAAAGUGAGCCUGUUUUUUGUUAUAGCGACUGCUGUUCUUGGAGUUGGCAACUCAGAACACGCUGCUGCAGGGAACAUUAAUAAUAUUGGUCAUGGUGGAAGAAAACUUGCCGAAACUCCUAGUCCAGAAUUUCAAGGUUUCAUAAGUAUUGACUGUGGUAGCAAUGUUGAAGAUUACAUUCACCCGACAACGGGUAUUCCUUACACGUCAGAUGAAGGAUUUAUAGAUACUGGAAUAGCUGCAACGGUGUCUCGAAAUUAUGAUGAUCGGGUGAAACAGACAUUGAGAAGUUUUCCUCAAGGAAAAAGGAAUUGUUACACCCUGCGACCUAAUGAAGCCAGAAACAAGAAGUACUUGAUCAGAGCUAGAUUCGCGUAUGGAAAUUAUGAUGGCAAAGACAAGGGCCCAGUAUUUGACCUAUAUCUUGGGGUUAAUAAAUGGAGAACAGUAGACAAUACGAAUGAAACCUACCAUGAGAUAAUUCACGUAGCUUCGACGGAUUACAUAGAUGUUUGUCUUGUGAACAUUGGCCAAGGUGUACCCUUCAUUUCAGCGUUGGAGCUACGGCAUUUGGACUCUUCCAUGUAUCGCAUCGAGAGCGGGGCACUGUUACAACUUCGGCGAAUUGAUGUUGCCGGAACUGGCAAUUCUAUAAUCAGGUAUCCAAACGAUGCGUAUGAUCGGUACUGGCACCCUUCACAAGAAGAUGAUUGGAUUAAAAUUGCCUCCAGCUCGACCAUUUACGCCUCUAGCAGUGAUGAAACUUACGGAUUGCCAGCUGAGGUGAUGAAGACUGCUGCCAAAACACAGAACGCGAGCAGUCCCAUAGAAGUUUACUUCAACCCGCUUGAUUCUAGUUCUAAAUAUUAUUGGUACUUUCACUUUGCUGAGGUUGAGAAACUUGAACCUGGCCAGCAGAGGGAAUUGGCAAUUUCUUUGGAUGGUCAGCGCUAUCUGACAGAAUCUGUUAGACUUGAUUAUCUAAAAUCACAAACCAUAGUCCACGAUAAUCUGCCAAUUAGCGGAGCACAGUUAUACUUCUCAAUAAAUGCAGCUCAGGGAACUCAACUUCCUCCAAUCCUCAACGCCUAUGAGAUUUUCGAGUUGAUAGAGCUACCAAAUGAACCAACUGCAACAGACGACGUUGAAGCUAUCAUGAAAAUCAAGACAUGGUACAAGGUGAGAAGAAACUGGCAAGGCGAUCCAUGUGUCCCAAGUAAUUACUCAUGGGAUGGUUUAAACUGCAAUAACGACAAUCCUCCAAGGAUCAUCUCAUUAAAUUUGAGCUCAAGCAAUCUGACAGGGGAUAUCGCUCCUUCAUUCUCCAAGCUCGAACUACUGCAGUCCUUGGAUUUGUCAUUUAACAACUUAACUGGGCCACUGCCACAAGUUUUGGAACUGCUACCUAAUUUAAACACUCUGGAUUUAAGAGGGAACAAGUUCACAGGUUCAAUUCCUGAGGCUCUUCUGGAACAUUUUAGGAAUGGAAAAUUAGACCUAAGGGUUGAUGCGCAUCCAGAUCUUUGUCUGUACACUCCAUGUAAGGGAAAGAAGAAAAAGGAGUUUGUCAUUCCAAUUCUUGCAUCGUUUAUAACAGCAGUCUUGAUCCUUCUCUUCAUCGUUAGUGCUCUUGCUAUAUAUAGAAGGAAAAGAGGAUCAGGUAACGUGGUUACCAAAUCCAGCAUCAAAUCAAAGAAUCGACAGUAUAGCUACUCUGAGGUUGUCAAGAUAACCAAUAACUUCAAAAACAUCAUUGGCAAAGGAGGAUUUGGAAACGUGUACCUCGGCAAAUUGGAAGAUGAAAUUCAAGUUGCUGUUAAGCUUCUCUCUCCUUCAUCAAACCAAGGGUACAAGGAAUUUAGAGCAGAGGCACAGCUAUUAAUGGUAGUUCAUCAUAGAAACUUGGUUACUCUUGUUGGAUACUGUGAUGACGGUGAAAACAAGGCGCUCAUAUACGAGUACAUGGCUAACGGGAAUCUGCAGCAGCAUUUGUCAGUGACAAACCCAAAUGUCUUAACAUGGAAUGAGCGACUUUGUAUUGCAGUGGACGCAGCACACGGGUUGGAGUAUCUACAUAAUGGUUGCAAGCCACCUAUCAUCCACAGAGAUUUAAAACCAUCCAACAUCCUACUAAACGAAAACAUGCAAGCCAAGAUAGCUGAUUUUGGGCUUUCUAGAGCCUUUGCCACCGAAAGUGAUUCCCACGUGUCAACUUGCCCAGCUGGCACUUUGGGAUACGUCGAUCCGGAAAUUCCAACAUCUAGGAACUUCAAUAAGAAAAGUGACGUCUAUAGCUUUGGGAUUAUUUUGUUUGAGCUUAUAACCGGUCGCCCUGCAAUAAUAAGAGGUCCUAUGCGAAACAUUCACAUACUUGAUUGGGUUUAUCCUUUGAUUGAAAGGGCAGAUAUUCAAAACAUUGUUGAUCCAAGACUAGAAGGAGAAUUCAGCACCACUUCUGCAUGGAAAGUUGUGGAAAUAGCCAUGUCGUGCGCACUGCCGGUUGCAAUCCAAAGACCAGACAUGAGUCAGGUAUUGGCAGAACUAAAUGAAUGUUUGGCUCUGGUAUUGACUCGUGGAAGAAAUCAAAGGAUGACAACUGAGUGUAGAACUUCAAGCAUGCCACACAACAUGUUCCAUUUGGUGCUAGAAUCAGAAAUUGCUCCCACCGCUAGAUAGUUUCUGAAGAAAACUAUGCUCAAAAGUUCCUUCAAUACAGUAUGACAAGUGAUCUGUUUGAAGACCUUAUUAUAUCCUUGUGUCAUGUGUGUAUCUUUUUUCAAUCGAGUAUGAGACCGAGUACUAUUAUGCAUUUCAACAGCUUUCUAGGUUCUGUUGGACUUAUAAAGUACAAUGAUUACUAUUA